UCUUGCGGCAUUAUGGAAAGAGGCGUGGUAUUGCGACUGUUUAUAUUUAUUUAUUAUUGACCAGACCGAUAUCGAAACUUAUUUUAAAUAAUGUAAAUUUGAUCAAUAUCGUUAUAUAUUAUUGAAAUACGAGCACGUUUAUUAUUUUUCAAUCAAUACUCUUAUAUAUUAUUGAAAGGUUUUUAUCGCAAAAAUAUAUAUAUUGAAUUGUGUGAGUUAUUGAAAUGAAUACUGUUUUUCAAAAAUGGGGAAAUAAGUUUUUAGUAACGAAAGUACAGCAUUUGUUAAGACGAUCAGUUGAUUUUAAACUCUAUAGAUCCUCAAAACGCCGAAUCGCUUAUGAUUCUAAUGAUUGUAAGAAGUUGAUUUUCAAUCCAAGAAUUUUUAAAUUUUCUCCUCUAUGUUUGCAUCAGCGCGAUGUAGAGAUUAUCCGUUUAUUUAGCCUAUCGACAAAUAGGUGCUGGCAGUGUAAUGCAGUUGUUGCUGAGCGUGACUUAGUAUGUAUGGCGUGUGAAACUGUUCAAGAACCCAAACAGCUGAACCAUUUCGAAAUAUUUAAAGAAAUUCCUCAAUUUGAUGUAGAUGUUAGAAAUCUGAGUAUUAAAUUUCGAAGAUUGCAAACGCUUCUUCAUCCCGAUAAGUUUGCUACUAGAUCAGAUAAAGAAAAGAAGUAUUCAGCAGAACAGUCAGCUUUAGUCAACAAGGCAUACCAAACAUUGCUCCGUCCAAUUGAUAGAGGCCUCUAUUUGCUUGAACUCCAUCGUAAGCCUUUAGUUGAAGAUGAAAUUCAAUUGCCUUCCGAAUUUCUAGCCAAUGUUAUGGAAGUUAAUGAAGACAUUGAGGACUGUAAAGCAGCUAACACUUUAGAAUCUAUACGUCAUGUAAAUGAUGCUAAGUUACAAUUGCUUUUUUCUGAUGUUUCUUUAGCAUUUAAAGAGAAAAAUAUUGACAAAGCUAGGGAAUCUUUAUGCAAAUUGAAUUAUUUUAUAAAUAUAGAUGAUAAAAUACGAAAAAAGGAAGAAGAACUUGGAGUGAGUAGAGAUGAUUAAUUCUUCCUAGACUUAUCAUUUAAUGUUAGAAAUAUAUACAACUACUUAAAUUGUGAGAAAUAAAAUUAAUGCUUUCCAAACAAGUUCUUCGAAAAUGGCAUGCUAAGAUUAUAUAUUAACGACUUUCAAAGGUUAAUGUAGAAUGAUAUAAUGUAAUUCAUUCAUUAUAUUAAAUCUUUCUGCAAAUGUGCUUAUAUUGUAAGUCUGUAAUAAAUUUAAAAUCUCUA